AUGAGCUCAACUUCAAUGCUCAAGAAGGAGAUAGUCGGAUAUAAUGGAACGCUUUUCCAGCGUAUUGCCCUUCGAAACCUUUCCAAGCUGACGUUUCUGGGUUCCGUAAGAUUCCCCUUGUCCCCCGGAACUCAUACAAGAAGUUUCCACAGGACUGGUAUACAUUGUUAUUCGCAGCUGCCACAAAGAUUCCAAUCAAUAAAAGAGCCUCAAAUUACUAGUGCCAAGACCGAGUCUAGUCAAUUGAAACUGGAUAAUGACAAGACAGAAACAAAGUCGCUUGAAAAAUUGGACAAUUCGCCAACAACGCAAUUAGCGAAUAAAGCCGAUCCUACCACCACAACUACCACAACUACCUCUAUAACUACUACUCCCGAAAAGGGGAAAAAGAGUUUGUGGGAAAAGGUCAAACAUGAGGCGCAGCAUUAUUGGACAGGAACGAAGCUUUUGGGCUACGAAAUCAAAGUCUCUACAAAGUUAUUGAUUAAGUUGAUGGCUGGAUACGGCUUGAGUAGAAGAGAAUCAAACCAGUUGCAGAGAACUAUUGUUGAUGUAGUUCGAUUAGUUCCAUUCGCAAUGUUUGUCAUCAUUCCCUUUGCCGAAUUGUUGCUUCCUGUUGCAUUGAAAUUGUUUCCUAACUUGUUGCCAUCAACUUAUGAAUCCAAACAGGAUCGUCAAAAGAAAAAGGCUAAAUUAAGAAAGACUAGAAACGCAGCCAGUGAGUACAUUAAACAAACCAUGGAGCAAUCCGGGUUAAAAUUGUCCAAAAAGAUUACUGAUUCAGAGAGAGAAGCGUUUAUCCAGUUUUUCGAAGCAAUAUCAUUGGGUAAAAACCCAACCAGAGAACAAUUGAUUCAAGUGGCAAGACUCUUUAAGAAUGAUCAGGUUUUGGAUAACUUGAGUCGUCACCAAUUGGUUGCUAUGUGUAAAUACAUGUCUUUAAGACCAUUUGGAACGGAUUCCAUUUUGCGGUACCAAAUCAGACACAGGUUGUUGAAUAUUAUCAAAGAUGACAAAGCAAUUGAUUACGAGGGUGUCAAUUCAUUGACAAUCCCAGAGUUGCAAAUGGCGUGCUCUCAAAGAGGUAUUAAAACAAGCGACGUUUCUCCUGCCAGAUUAAGAGACGACUUGGAAACCUGGUUGGAUUUGAGAUUAAGACAAAAGAUACCUUCAACCUUGUUGAUUUUGAGUACUGCUUAUACUUAUGGCAGUAAAGACAAGGAUGCUGAAACAUACUACGAUGCAUUGUUGGCUGUAUUGUCAUCGAUCCCUGAUGAAGUGUAUAACGUUGCCAAAUUGGAAUUGGCCGAUGACUCCAAGUUGAAAUUGAAUAUUUUGAAAGAGCAAGAUGAAUUGAUUGAAGAGGAAAAUGAGAGAGAGAAAGAUACAGUAAACAAUGUCAAGGAUGAUAUUCAUUUGGACGAUUAUGAAGAUACUGCAAGUGAUGGAGUGAAUUAUGAAAAAGACCCAGACACAGAGGUAGAAAAAGAAGAAAAAGAAGAAAAAAAUUCCGAUAACAAGGAAGUUGAAAAUCCACAAGACUCAUCUUUGAAAACUCGUUCCGAAGCACUCAAAAAUGAAGAUUUGACUAAACCGGCUGAAGAUAAUAUAAAGAAACAGUCUUGA